GACCCCAUCUGCAAGGCGCGCCUCGCGAUCGGCAAGGUGAUCGAGGUGAGCCACGUCGAAAACUCGGACAAGCUGUACUGCUGCAAGGUCCAGGUCGGACCCGAGGAGGUCAGGCAGGUCAUCACCGGCUUGCGCAAGUUCGUCCCCGAGGACGACCUGAAAAACCGGAUGGUCCUCACCAUCCUCAACCUCAAGGUGGCCAAGCUCGCGGGUCAGACCUCGGAGGCCAUGAUCCUCGCCACCGAGUCGGAAACCGACGGAAACCUCAGCGUCAAGCUCGUCAACGUCCCCGACGGAGCCGUCGUCGGCGACGUCGUCGCCGCGGAGGGCGUC